CUAACAAAGCCGCUUUCAAGCCCCUAGUCCCGCCCAUACAGCUAACAAACAGGCUAGGUUGCACGGCCUUUGUCCCGGCGGGGGUUCCUUGUGGAAGGCACGGCACGGUAGGGCAGUGGGCGUGGCCGGGCUGCAGGCACAGCAGGUUGGGUUGGCCGGGCGGAGCUGUCCAUGUUUGGGCAGGUGGAAUAUGGAGAAAGAGGAAGAGAGGCGCUGAGAUCGGGCACCCGAGGAACAAAGGGGCGAUAGGGCGGCCGGCCAGUAUAAUUUUUGGAAAUGAAUUCUUAAAAGACCAGCAUCAUGGCUACAAGAGUAGAACUGACAACGAGGGAGACGUUGAGUGAUAUUUUAAAUGAGGUUAAACCACCAAGAACACUUGUUAGUCCUCUUUCAGAUGCAAGCAAUAAGUCUAGUGAUCCUAACAUUUCCAGCCCUAUUGUCAUUGAAGAUACUGCAAGAGUUCCUUCUAAACCGGUGACCAUGUUCAACCCUGGAUUGAGGCUGAGACUUUCGCCUAAGCCUUUUUCAAAGGAGAAACCUCCGGAAAACAGAAGAUCUAUUGGAUUGAUCUCCACAUUUUCUCCAGAUGUGAAGCCACACAGUGAUGUGCCUUUUCAAGCGUCUAAUAGUAUAUCUUUAUCUGGCAGUGCGAAAACUGAUGAAGGUGAAAGAAUGGGUCGUAGAAUAUACACAUCGUCUUAUCAACCUAAACCUGAAGAGCAUCAAGGCAACAAGUCAGAGUUUUUCUCUACAAAUGCAAGUAGAAAACAGACCAGCCCUAGUUGGGUCCCGGGAACAUCUAGUCUCAGUGACACAAAAUCAUCUUCACAAGCCGAUGAAAGGAUAGUUAUCUCUAAACCUCCGAUAAUAUCUAGGAAACCUGAUUCUUCACACCUGGAAAAAAACCUUGACACAAACUCCAGAGGAAACUCUUCAUUUAUUGUAGACGAACAAAACGAAAGUGGUCAUAUAAAUAUUAAGAGUUCUUUGCUUAAUCCUGAAAAGCUAGACAGCUCAUCAGUUAGAGCUCAGUUAAGACCAAAACGUCGCCCAGUGUCUAUGCUUUUAGACUCUAAAAAUGAUGCUGCGAAUGACGCUAAAGAAGUAGAGGACCAGAGAACAUGGAAUAGGAGACCACUUUCAGAGGACCUUACUUCACUGUUUGAAACUAAAGGCUUUGGAAGUAAAAAAGACAUUCCCUCUGAAGAAACUAAGGAAAAUAGACCUUUGAGAAAAAAUUCAUUAAACAACAGUAUCUCAGAAGACCAACCUGUAAGAGCCAAGGAGGACAAUAUUGCAAGCAAUAAAACUAUUGCUAAUGAGACAAGAACUGGUAUCAGUUUUUCAAGAAAUAUUAAUUCAGCACAAAUGGAAAUGAAGUCCAGCAGAGAGCUGGAUGUAGCUGAAAAUGAAGGUGUAAUGAAGUUGUCAGCAAAUAUUACUAACAAAGCAUCAAAAACUAUUCCCAAUAGUAAGGAUCGCAUAACCAGUGACGUAAAGGAUACAGAUGAUAGUGCUGCUCCUGCAAACAUUCAGAGAAGAAUUAGUAUGUAUCUUUCAAACACCAACUCUGUGGAUGUCCCUGAAUCGCCUACAAAUAAGGAGGAAAAGACUGCUAUCAUACCUGAGAGAAACACUACAAGCCUGGUCUCUGAUAAAGAGAUGAUCAAAUCUGGGAGACCACAGACCGCAUCACAGUCUCAUCCUGGGACUAUAGACUUCACAAAAAUGUUUUCAACGUCCCCUUCAAAUACAGAGCUGAGAUCUGAGAAAACAAGUACAGAGAAGAGCGGUUAUGUCUCACAAGAUUAUGGGGCACAGAAGGAAAAUACAGACUGGAGAACAAGUGAGUUAUCGGAGGAGAAACCACUAAGACCAAGGAGGUCAAUCAGAAAAGUUGAUGAACGUUUACAAAUUGAGGAAAGUUCAAAUAUUCCCAAAGAGAGAAGGUACACAUACAAAGAUAGCAAAUAUGACACUACAAAUGAUGUGUCUGAAAAAGAACCUAAUUCAGACGUAGCAGACAGAACUGUGAAAACGGUGAAAGCCACAAUGUUUGAACAUAAAAUAGAAAGACAUAAUGCUGCUGAAGUAUACCAUGCAGGAGAUCCUCUAUCCAGCUAUCCUCCCAGAUCUGAUGCCUCAUCUGAACGUUCAGGGACUAAACAUGAAACGACGAGUUGGUCAGAAUGGCUAAGUGGUGAUAAUGUGCAUUCAGUAUCACAAUGCAGCAAAGACCAUGAAUUCUCGGAUAAGAUUAGGGAAAGGUCCUUUGGAAAGUUCUCAUCUCCUAAAGAGGCUGGUAAUGUUGGAGAUGGGCUACAUAACCUCAACAAAGUUGAUAACAGGCGCAUCGAGCCAAGAUUUGAAGUUAUCCAAUCAGUUGGUGAAAAAGUCUUAAGUGAGUCUGUCCAAAUGGCACCUGAAGAUAAAGCUACGACCCUUAGAUCUCGACGAUCUUUCCACAAAAAAGAUAGGGAUCAGGACAUGUUAGGGGUAGAGGAACAUUUUACAGAGCGCCCCUCAGCGAGUAGUCUACAAAGAAGCAGGAGUGAAUACAUAAAGAGAAGGACCCAAGACAGUCCACAGGAAAGUUCAUCUAAUAUACUUUUUCCAAGAGACGUUGAUGUUCCUUUUGAGAAAAAAAUUGUUUUUAGAGGAGAAAAGAUUGAGAGGACAGCACCAGCUGAAAGUCAUUACAUAAGAGAGAGAACUUAUUUAACCAGUAAAAACAAAAGCAUAGGAGAUGAGAAACUAUCUGAUUUUCAGGAUAAAUCCUAUAUAUUCGAAAACAAAGAAAAAAGAGAUAAUACAUUGGAAAAGGAUACUCUGGAUCACCCUUCUUUUGGAAUCGGUACAGAAAAUAACAAAGGAAUAAACCGAUAUUUUGGUGAUUUUAAUCGCCAACCAUACAAGUCAGUUAGUGACUCUUUAGAGAAAGACUUGAAGAUACCAUCUAAACCUGUUAAAGAUGAACCAAGUGUAACAAAUUCAAAUGUUAAAGAAAUUAAAAAUACAUCCCCAGUUCAUGAGGUGAAAACACAAUUAUUCAAUCUGAACAGGUUUUCAUCUGACAAUGAACCAGGAGCAUUAACUCAAAAAGGCCAUACAGUUGCAUCAAAUGACUUUAUUAAUGUAAUGUUAAAUCAAGAAGUUGAGCAAAUAAAGAAGGAUUUAACACCUAAACCACUCAAGGAAGAAUCUAAAGAAGACCUUAAGUGGAUGAGAAGGAAAGCCUCAUUUAAUGCUAGAGAUACAAGCAACGAUGGUGCACGAAUUACCUCUGAUAUAUUCAAAUCUGAGCUUGAUGAAGAAAGGCAGCCAACAGAUUUGAAAUUGAAAAGUGAAAAUAAAGACAAAGGGAGCACAUCUACUGUUAAAGCCAUAUCUCCUAUUGAGACAAAAGCAACCUAUUUUGCUGUAACAUGUGUAGAUAACAAAAAACAGAAGAACAAUUUUGAAAAUCUGAGUAAUAGUGCAUUCCAUUUACCAUCAGAAGAAUCUCUUUUUCAGGGUGAUAAGAGACUGAACACCACAUAUACAAGGUCAUACAGUGAUUAUGUCACAAAUGAAGAAAAAAAUACCAAAGACGACUUUGGAACCUUAAGUGCCUCAAAGGAAAUCAAAACAAUCAGAAACCAGAAAACUGUUGAAGAAGAUUUAAUAGGUAAGUCAGAAAAGACUUCAGAAAGACAGAAUGUUAUUGACAUUGAUGCAUUACUCAAGAGACACAGGCAAAAGCCAAGCCUUGAUGAUAAAGGUCCUACAUAUAGAGAGUCUUAUGUCAAAACUACACAGAAAACAUAUAAAAUGGAGUCUGAGAAUACACAAGAACAAAGUCUUCAAGAUUCUCCUCUUAAGCUGGAUGCUUUUUACAAAUCAAAAGUUGUGGACAUUGAUUCUCUGAUGGCAGACUAUAAUGCUAAUCAACAGAAAGAUAAAGAAAAUAAGUUCAGGGGUGAUGAUCAAAAUCUGUUUAAGUGGGAAAGGUCUAGAUCUUUCAGGGACAGUGUCUCAAAAGGUUCUAGCACUAAAUACAACGAUCCCCCAAAACAUGUUACCGCUACAGAAGGCUACCAGUAUGAGUCUGUUGCGUCAUGGUACAGUUCUCGAGAAACUACCUCAACAAAAGGCGAUCAUAAACAUGAUCCCCCCAAAAGUGCAACUAUCUUAGAUAAUAUGCAUUCUCUUGCUGAGGCAAGUCGUGAGAAAAAUCAAGAUAAAGGAAGGGAUGAUCAAGGUAUCCAUGGACAUUCAGAAAAGAGUCACAAUAUAGUUAGCUUAGAUUCUUCUCUGGAAUCCUCCACAAGAACUCGUGGUAGCUAUAAAGCACGAUCCACACAGGCCAUGGAGUUGCCAACAACAAUGGCCGACAAAUCCACUCCACAUAUGCGUGCCAAAAUAAUUCAAGCUGAAAUGAGCACCAAUAUUUAUACAGAAGAUGCUGCUGUGGUGGUGGAGUGUGAAAGCUCUGUGAAAACAGAAAGGAAGUCUACUGCAGUAGAUGAAAGACUACAGCUUUCUGAACGAAGAAGCCCAAGAAAAGCCAGCGAUUUAAUCAACUUGAUGUUAGAAAAUAAAGAGAGGAGAGUGGACCAGCACCAUACUAGGCAACGUCGUACAGUAGAGCUUCCACAAGAGCCAAGAACACACAGAUCAACAAACCAACCAGAACGGGCACAAUGGGAAAGCAAGGAAUACUCUGAUAAAGAAGAAUUGAAACAACGUCCAACAAAAUUCCGAGAGAUGGAAUUUGAAACAGAUCCGUUUGUGAUGAAAAGUCUAAAUCGACGUAGAGAAAGAGCAAUGCAAGCAGAAGAGGACCAUAUAAAGCAGUGUUUCUCAAGAUCCUCUACAUCCAACAAGGACACAGACUCCAUUGUGCAAGAACCUGACAGACAAUAUGGUACAUGGAGCCAGGACAAGCAGCAUACUGAGGGCAGCUUUGUGCGUGACUCCCCAUCAUACGAUAACAUCAGCAGCCGUAAGCAGCAGUCACACAGCCGCCUGUCAUCUUUAUCCCACACUGAAACAGACCAGCAUGAUUCCAUCACCGAAGCUCGAGAUGGUAGCCUGGACCGGUCCAGCAUGGACCUGGACUCUACGGACGGCACAGAGAGCACACCUUCUUUUAAUGAAGCCAAAGCAGUUGAUUUCUCUUUUGUGGAUCACACGUCAGUCUUAGACUCCACUGCACUGAAGAACAGAGUACAGCUAAGUCGGAGGAGCCAACGGCGAGCACCCACUCAGUUACAGCGCAAGAGCCGACUGUUGCAGUCCAGUAGUCAGUUAGCUGUAAUAGAGGACACUGACAACCCCUGGAUGUUCACAGAUUCCACAGAAGAAAACCCUCCGAAAAAGGAGGACAAGGAUGAAGAAGAUGAAAAGCCCCAGAGGUCUUCAGUUCAGUCACAGCGGAUGCCAAUGUUCCCUGGAAUGGACCACUCCACUCUGAUAGCUCAACUUCGGAAAAGGCAAGAUGCAGAAAGCAGUAGUGAAUCUUCAGCUCAACCUUCAAAGUCGCCAAAAUCUCCUCUACCACAAGGAACACUGGGUGUCAAACUCCUGCCAACAUCUUCAGACCUACAAGACAGAGGAGCAGGUGGCUCCCCCCAGUGGUUGAAAGAGCUGAAGUCAAAGAAGAGACUGAGCCAAUAUGAAAACAACAGUUAACAGAACCAACACUCGACUAGAAGAGGACACAGCAGUCUAACAUAAGCCUUAAUCCACCCAGCCCUACAGAUGCGCACCCUUCCGCUGUCUUGCUUCAUCUCAACUGCAACGUGUUCUGUGCCUUCCCAUUUUGGCGGAAAAAAGCUGCUUAGUACUUACACAGAUACAAACAAAAUGUAUUUUAUUGUAGAAGAGAGAAAAGUCACUUUAAAACUUAAAAAGGAUUUCUACUUGAAACAGAGCUGUACAAAAAAGCCAAAGGUCAUGCCUCCUGAUGACCUUUUAACAUGAAGGGAGUCAGGACAGUGGCCACUAGCACCUGUCAAUGGAGCGAAUGUGUGAACAUGUUCUGUAUGUGGGAGACUCAAUGUGGAAUGAGUGGGGGGAAAAACACUGACUUUUGUAUUUCUUUAUGAAAAAUUUUAACUUCACAAAUGAAUUUAUCUUUUUGUCACUUAGAAUAUCAUUGUUCACUAUUCAGAUGAUUUAUUCGUCCCAGAGUAUAUAAAUAAAUAUAUAUAUAUAAGAACAAAAUGUUUACUGCCAAUAAAAACAAAAACCGCUUGACUACUUUUUGUAAAAUAAUUUUUAAAAAUUGUUAAUAGGAGAAACAAUGUGAGAAUGACAUAUUAUAUUUUAUGUUUUCUUUGCUUUUAUUUUGGGCUUUGCAGAAUACUGUUUUAUUACUGAACAAUGUUUUUUUCCCUUCUUUGGUCUUUUCUCUCCUGGUCUAUGUAGUGCCAGACAUUGAUAUGGAGGAAGCGACAAUAAUUUGUAAACGAUUCAGAAUCAAUGUAAAUCUCUUGUGUGAUUCCUGCUGUAAAAUGGGACCAUUGCGAUUAUGUGUCUUGUAUUACAGGUUUUUACAUUGUGUAUAUGAAAAACGAACUGCAUUGUGAUGCCUUGUGUUAUGGUCCAGCUAAUCAGUCCAUCAAAGCGGAUUAGAUGAAUAAUGAAGUCGCUGACCAUGCCUUUGUAGAUCAGAUUGGUUGGUGGGGGAGAGGAGUUCCAGAUUAUUAUGUACAGAUGGCCUUGCUAUUUCUUGUAAGUGGAUAUGGAAAAAAGCAUUACACGCUAUAUAGGUGUGCAAUCAUUUGUACUUUCUGCCAGAGAGAGCGUUAAAUGAUCCAUCAUUAAAAAGUGUAAAUUCUGCCUUACUUUUCUUUUUUUUUCCUUUACACUUUUUUCACUUAUUAAAUAAGUCUUUACCAUUUACUGUCAUGCACAGAGACUGUUAUUUCUUCACAUAGAGGAGUGGACGACAGAUACAUAUAUAUGCAUUUUAUAUAUAUAUAUAUAUAUAUAUAUAUAUAUAUAUAUAUA